AUGGAGAUGGAUUACUCGCAACUUCCAGAAGACAUAUUGGUGAAGAUCGUGGAAGACCACUUGCCUAGCUUUUCCAAUCUCAUCCUCUUCUCCCACGUCUGCAAAUCGUGGAGAAUCGCCGCUCGUCAAUCCAUCGCCGCUGAGCGUCGACCGCGGCCAUGCCGCUCUGGCCUCCUAUUAUCCCGCAGCUACUCCGACUCCCAUGAGUUCUUGCCCCUGGCCAAUUUCGCCGCCGCCAUCGCUCCUCCUCCUCGCCGCCGUCUGACAAUCCGCCGGCGCGUCCUAAUCCCUCUCGGUUUCGACAGCGAUUAUACUAAUUACAUACGUUCCCGGCGCUACUACAGGGGACACAAUGCAAACCCGUGCAUUGCUUCCAAAGACGGGUGGGUCCUGGUCAUCGAACCGGGUCCCAGCCCGGACCCGCUCCGCCUCCAGCUCCUGAACCCGGUCACCCGCCAAUCAAUCCCUCUUCCGCCUCUCCUCCUCCCGUGUCCUCCACGCGCCCAGUUCACCGUGGACAACAUCUUCAAAGCCGUAAUCUCGUCUCCUCCGGACGAUGGGUGCUACGUUUUCCUAGUAUUCCACUUCGAUUACGAGAAUGUCACGCUGGCAUGCACCAACGUAGCCGCCAGCUGCAAUGAGUUUGGGCGAACACAGGUAAGGUUUCCGUAA